AGCUGCGACAAAAUAAACGACUCGGACAACGAACAGGCUAUGUGUUUCAAUGGGGGCGGCUCUUCCGGUACCACUCGUUAUCAAUUCGACCUGAAUGUCGCCCCGGAGCCCGACUCGCCUUUUGGAUCGCCUCAAACCUUCUUGUAGAGCUUGCAGUGCUCUGACAGCGGCAUGCUGGCGGCUACUGCAACACAGCCGAAAUCGAGUCCUGCUAACUCGGCUCUCCAGCUUUUACCUCUUUACUUCCUCACUUCUGCUUUCUUUGGCAAGCGUCCGCCUGUUCCUCAAGGUGAUUUGCUGGCUCUCCUAAUUAGCUAGAGCAAAGUCAUUGCCGCCUUGCAAUAAGCUUUAAUGCUCUGUCUUUGAGUAUUGGGCACUACAGAUAGAGCCAAACGGCGCACGGUGCUAGC